AAAACAGUAUAUUGUGUAAAGUUCUCUAUAAAAAGCAAGUACCAAAACAUCAUAAAACACACCUGAGCGCAAGAAAUAUUUGAAACACUAAUAAUGGCUAGAGUGUUAAUGGGUUUGAUCUGCUGCUUCGUCCUUACGGUGGUCAUCUUUACAGAGAGUGAUGCUGCGGCGAUACAUACUGUUGGAGACCAUAUAGGUUGGAGCAUUCCUCCAAAUGCUGUCUAUUACACCGAAACUUGGACUGAAAACAAAAACUUCAGAGUUGGCGACCAAUUAACCUUUAAUUGGACUGGAGUACAAAACGUGGCUAAAGUAUCAACAGAAGCCGAAUACGAACAAUGCAAAACAAGUUCAGCAACAAUAUUAAGUUCCGCAAGCAGCCCAUUUGUGUAUACUCUCAACACCACCGGUGACCACUAUUUCAUUUGCACUGUGGGAAGCCAUUGCCAAAGUGGGCAGAAGCUGAAGGUUGAGGUCGAUAACAGAAGAACCCCGCCAACUCCACCUACUCCACCUACUCCUCCUACUCCUCCUGGACAUCCAACUCCUCCGACUCCUCCUACUCCUCCCACUCCUCCUACCCCUCCUACUCCUCCUGCCCUAUGAUCGCCAGGUUCAUCUCAUUCGUUUGCGCCCUUCGGAACUUAUCCGCCGCAGCAAUGUUUACCCUAGUAGUACUCUACUUCUUGAUGUAGAUUAAGGUGUAGUAGUGGUACUGCUAGUAGCAAUAAGCAUAUCUCAUAUAUAGCUUGUGGUUUCUCUGCUACUUUUAAUUAUCUUGUGUGUUUAAGCACCGUACGUAUGUUUCAAGGGCUGUUAUGUAGUCCCUCUCAGGGAUCUAAAACAUCCAAUAAGGGAAGGGUUUUUC